UUUGUACACACACAUAUGACAAUAAGAAUCGAAAAUAUUCAGUGUAAUUGGUAUCAGAUAUCAUUGAAUUUGCCUGCCACGAAAAAUCAUGUGAAGAAAUGAGAUAAUUGAACUAUGUUACAAGUAAAAAUUUGAAAAGUGGGGCGGCGAUAUUAAAGAGGAUAGUAAAACAAAAACCGAAAACCGAAAUAUUGAACAUUCUUAUUCAGAGAUAACUGCACGCCAGAAUAUUAACACCUGAUGUAUUCAUUGAUUUAAAUAGACAUACAUAUAUUUGCGUGUGUAUUGAAAUGUGUGCCUUAUGGGUAGGGUAAUAAGUGAUUGUGAAAUUGAGCCCAACCAAAAACUUUGCAUGAUUGCAUCGUUGUUUGACGCGCAGAACACAAUUCAGAACGGAAGUAAAUGGAUGUUUGGAAGAAAUGAGCUGAUAAAAUGAGUGUUUAUUAAAAAUUAUCAUUGCACAUUCGGAAUAAAAAUAACAGUAGGCACAAAAGGUUGGCUCAGUGAAAUAUUUUCAACGACCACGAAUCUGUACUUAAUAUCGUUAUAAAAAAUAAAUACAUAAGCCGUUAAUUAAAUAUGGUAAUGAAAUUGGUUCAAGCAGUCGCAUGCCUUUUGGCAAUGAUAGACCAAAUUUGUGGAGCAAAUCUUGACCGAAAAGAAUAUAAUGUUUGCAAUUUGAAAUCAGACUGGGAUGUUGUUCAGAGUGAAGAAGACUGCCAUAAAUUCUACCUAUGCCUUAAUGGUAAUGCAGAGGAAUAUAGCUGCGCCGAUAAUUAUUAUUUCGAUCCAAAGGAAAAACGUUGUAAAAUAGGGAUUUUUUCAACUAUGGAGGCAAUAGAUAAAUGCACACCUCAAAGCAUACGCCGCAUCAAUGACAACUGUCAAGCCUUUUCCCGUUGUGAGAAUGGAGAAUAUGUCAUACAAAAUUGUACAAAGGAGCAAUAUUUUUCAACGAAAUAUGCCAGCUGUCAGCCAAUAGCUACAAGCGCCGACCACAAAUGUAGUUGCCUUCUACCUCCUUAUGCCAUCAUCAGCAAUCCAGAUGAUUGCGAAACAUACUAUAUAUGCAGUGAUGGUAAAGCAGUACUGCAGCAAUGCCCACGGGGACAAUAUUAUAGCGAACAAAUCAGUAGCUGUCUUCCAGAUUUGAGUGGCAUUUGUAUAGCUUUGCCCAGCAUGAGCUCCACUGAAUUGGCGAUGACUGAAAUAUGUAGCAGUUUUGGCAAUAAUAUAGCAGACUUUCAGCCAUAUAUAAAAGAAUGUGAUAAAUUCUCUCUAUGUAUAAAUGGCCGAAUGUUUCCUAGACGUUGUCCAAAGGGAUCAUACUAUGAUAAAAACAAACGCUUCUGCCGUUGGGAUGUAAAUGAGAUUUGUACUGAACAGCUGAAUAAAUUGCAUGAAGCAAUAAAAUAUACAGUUACAAAUGUCAAUCUAGAUAAUCAAAAUCAAACCGUUGUUCCAAAUGUGGUGAACAACAUAGAUAAAAGUAUCAAAAAAGAAAUAGAACAGAUAAAAGAUUUUGCUGUCGAUCAACCGAAUAAAUCGGUGUAUGAUAAACUGUCAUCAAAAUUUAUAAAUUUUUGAUUUCAAUUUAAAUUAAACAUCUCUUAGUUCUUACUUAAAUUUCAAAUAAAUUAAAAAUGAAAUCAAUGUAUACAUUGACGCAGUUGAAUAAUAUAACUUUAUAUUCAAGGUUUAUAAGUUUUCUUUAGGGUUUUGUAAGAAGAAUUCCAAUUGGUGCAUGACAAAAUAAAAGAAAAAGAGCUUCAUUCUAACUAAUAUAGUAUAAAAAGUAAACAACGAUUCAAAGGAUAUUAUUUUAAAUGUUAAGAUAAAACUCACCUUCCAUGAC